UACUUGACGAUAAACACAUUCGCCUCAUUUAGGUGGAAAGACAGGUCUGUUUGCCGAGACGCCGUAUUCCUUUACAUUGACUUUUUGGCAAACAGAAUAUUCGAACAAUAACAAUAAAAAGUAAAUUGAAAUGUCUACCUGUCUGAAUUGGAAGUUGAAACGUUGUGGACGACUUAUUCCAGGCUCCACCAAGAAUGAAUCCUGGAAAAUAUUUGAAGCAAAAAAGAAGGAGCCUAAAAUUAUUGCCACAAUCCUGGACUCUGGAUGCUUGAUGAUCUUGCAGGGAGAAGAAUGCUUGGAGAAAAUUCCUUUGAUUAAUGCCGGCGAUGUUCUCAAAGUCCACCAGAAUUCAGACAGCCUGCUGCUUCGCAAUACAGUGAAGGAAUCGGGCCGUGUGAUCAGGAUGCAGUUUUAUGGCAGGAACAGGGCGCAGGCCAUCAAAAUAUGCUCAAGUGCCGCAGAAAGACUGCGGGAGUAUCUGCCUGUCAACACUCUCGAAGACGCCCUGCCGCCAAAUAAUCAACCACCCACCGAUGUCCUUACGCCAGUGACACAGCCGUGUCCGCAGCAGGGUGAGGCGGCUGGAGCCGAACCAGAGGUUGUCCAUGGAUCGCUGUCCAUCAAGCGUCUUGUCCAGAACCUCAUGGGAGAGACGCCCCUGACGCUGCCUGCGCUGUACCAUCACGUAUCUUCAGAACCCGAAGACCUGGACGCCUUCGUGCGCCUUUGUGUGUUGGAUCCCAGCUUCCCCGCUUUGGUGGAGCAGGUGGAAGGCAAGCUGAGGAAAAUACUCGAAGAGUGAAUCAUCGUUGACAACUGAAGGCAGAGAAGAGGUCAAGUCAGCGCUGGGCUUUUUUGUUUGUUUGCUGUUUUUCCCACGCCGUUCCCUACGUAGGAGUUCACUCGCGUUGCGCUGCCAAUGUCAACAUCAUUGUGGUUGCGCAUUAACACUUAGGAUAUUUCAGAUAGUUGAUUAGAGUAAGAGAGAUUUAACAAGCGCAUUUUUGUUUUUUUAUUCAGAAAAAAAAUAUUGGUCUUAUUCAUAUGUUGGAUCGUGGCUAUAUACUCUGGUCCCUCUGUUCUCACAUCAAUUCAGGUCCGUUUGCCAUCGCAACACACAUCAUCAUUACAUUGUAUUGAAAGGAGGGGUCAUGCAGCUACAGCAGUUAAUGUCGCUAUGCCAGCUUCCAAGGGAUCCCACGCUAUUAAAGCUUGACUGAUUAAAACAAACUGCCCUCCAUUUAAUCUAUUCAAGAAUACAUUUUGCAUAGGAUUAUAGCCAUGCUAUAUAGUCAAAGAAAAAUA